CUGCCUUCUCUCCGCAAACCGGCUUCAGCGCAUCUCUCUCUGUCUUCAGCGCGCAUCAACCUUCCUUCUCAGCAGCUCGCCCACACCACACCGCCGCAGCCAUGGCCGACCAGAUCGGCUCGAUUCCCACCAUCAAUGGCAGCAGCGUCACCUUUCUCGCCGUCAUCGCCGCGGCCGUCGUGCUGCUGAUAUUGAUCUGGGUGGGCUGGUGCUGCUGCAGGCGUCGUAGCAGGCGCAACCGUCUCACGCGCGCCAGCAAGGGCAACAACCUCAGCACCCUCCAUCCCACACCGCACGCCGGCGGCAGUGGGCGGCGCGCCGGCUUUGCGCCGUUGGGCCAGCACGACGACGACGAGGCCUUCAAUGCCGCACCUUCGCCGCGCGCCUCGCACGACAUCGAGUACGCCAACCCCUACGCGCAGCGCUACGCCGGCUACGACGAGCCCGGCACGGCGCCCGGCCUCGGACGCGCCGCCUACCCGCCCGCGCCUGCUGCAGCGCCGUCUCAGCGCAGCUACGGCCACCAGCCGCAGCAGUCGAGCUACUCGCAGCCGCGGCGCGAAGAGGGCAGCCAGUACGAGGCCUACCCGCCGGCCGCCAGCCACAGCUACGCCGGUAGCACGGCGCCGUACGGCAGCAGCGCGCCCGACAGCACCGGCUACGUGCCGCCGCCGAGCUCGGCCAGCGUGCGCCAGGGCUCGCAGCUGUCCUCGCCCACUGCUGCACCCUCGGUGCCGCACUCGCAUCAACAUCUGGCGCACGCCAAGGCGACGGACGCGUCUGCCUACCCUACAACACGCGCAGGCGAGAGCUCAGCAGCGCCGUACGACUCGUACUCUGCAGCGCGCUCGUCCUCGGCCGCACACGCACCGCAGCAGCCGUACCCUGCCGCAGGCAGCAGCAGCAUGCCGGCAGCACCGUACGCUGCCGGCCCGACGUCGCCCAUGACCGACGCGCCGCCGCCGGAGUACGACUUUACGACGGGCGCCGCCGCCUCGGGCGACCGCAAGCAGGGCCUGCACUAGAUGUCCGCGUUCCUCUCCCGACCCCGUCUCUGAUCUCCGGCCCGACCAGUAUAUGAUUCCCGCGCUAAUGCAUCGAUGCGACAUGCACCUCGGGCGAGACUGUGAUCGGCGAGAGCUGUAUUGCGGAA